UUCUGAUUCCCCAGAGAACAGAAUCAAGAAAUAGACACAAUGAGAGCAAAAACAUUUAGCAAAAAUAUCUUGUCUUUAUUGGCCUGCAUUCUCCUUCAUAGCUGGCUGCUUCAGUGCUCUGCUCAAAUUGUAGGGAUUCUUCCUGCCUCAUCUACUCCACUGGAAAAAUGCGGGACCAAAGAAUUCCUCGAUGUUGGAUCAGGUGAAUGCCAACCAUGUGUGCCGAAUCAAAUGAAGAGCCCUGAUGGUUUGAGAUGUGUCUGUGUAUCUGGGACCAAUCAGAGUUCUCCUCCUUUGGACUGCAGUCGCUGUAGCACUCUUCCGCCCAGGACGCUGUGGGAGUCCAUGUUCCUCGACGCCAGUUUCCUGGCUUGCAACAAUACCUGCAACGUGACAGCCUGCCAACUUCUCACCAACAUGGUCACUAUGGAAGCUUUCUCUCUGCACAAUAGGGCCUAUGAUCUCUACACAAAGACUAGGAGCCAAGACCUUCCAAAACUAUGGUAUGGCAGCUCUGAAACGUUUCCGUUUCCUCGGGUGUCUUUUGGGAAAAAUUCCCGGGUCCACUUACAGGUUACAAUGUAUGAUGUGCGAGGAAACUUCUUAGGCUGGGAAGAUGUGACCGGAGGCACAUUGCAGCUCUGUCCAGGCAGCCAAGAUGUACUGGAUGCUGCCUUCACGUUUGGAACGUCGUACCAUCAGUCUUGCUCUCUGGAAGUCUUAUAUCUACUGCAAAGAUAUCCUGAGCCCACGUUUUAUGAGCUUUUCUUGCAGUAUGACGAUGAGAAGGGGAAUGUUCGAUGGUGGCCAGUCCCUGUCGAGAAUCCCGCAAUACGAACAAGCAGCACAGCAUCGCUCAAUUCUUGGGCAUUUAGAAGAUUCUUUCUUGUUGAUGGGCUCUCUGGCAGAAAACAGAACUUGACCAAUCCCCCGGAAACUCUGACAGUUGCAACUGAAUUGGUCCUCAGAGUAUACCUGCCAAGUGGUAGCCCAGGAAACCACCCCCCUUUCCUUUUGACAGUGAAAUAUGCAGAGCGAGGCAGCCCUGGAAUCGUGCAGGCGUCAUUUUCCACCACUUACAGUCAUGAUCCUGGAACAGCUCAGCGAGAUACAGAUAUUGCCCUUGCAGUCCUCGGAUCUCUUUCGGUUUUGUACGCCUUGCUGAAGGUCAGCAGUUGGACCCGGCGAUCACGACUCGAGAACAUAAAUCUUAUGAUCGUAGUGAAAUUCUUUGCCUACUUGGCUGGUUCCCUAGCGAACGUCUUUUUCCUGAUCUCCUUGGGAAUUGGUGUUUACUGGCUCAUAGUUUUCAAGGGCCAACAAUUUUCUGCCAUCGAGGUGACACUCCCUCCUGCUGGUGGACAAAUAGAAACCCACUUUAUUAUUUAUGUGCUGUGCUCUUUGGUGUUGAAGACCUUGGACAUCACACACAUGCUAAUCACCCAGUUAACAGUCUCCAUCUUCCUGAUAGACUGGGAAAAGCCAAAGGAGAGAGGGAGGCUGAGAAUACCUGCAGGAGGAGAUCAGAGAGCUGCUUCCUCCGUGAGCGCCUGGAGAACUUUUCUGAUAGCUAACGAGUGGAACGAGCUCCAGACCCACAGGAAAGUAAAUCCUUCGCUUCAGCUGUUAAGCACCUUGCUUCUUCUGGAGGUGGUGGGACUGAAGAACCUUGCAUCGAGAGACCUGAACGUGAAUCUCCAUCCUGGCUCUAAUGCCUAUCUGGCUCCGUGGAGUCCAGUCCUUCGCUUUGGGAUCGCUGCUUCGGUUUGGCUGGCUGUGGGAAUUGUGCAGGUGGUGAUUUCAGUCGGGUUAUAUGAGCGGUUUGUGGAGGACAAGAUCCAGCAGUUCACCGAUCUUUGUUCCUUGAGCAAUGUGUCUGUGUUCAUCCUGAUGCACAGAUGCUACGGUUACUACAUCCAUGGAAGAAGUGUCCACGGCCAUGCAGAUGUGAGCAUGGACACCAUGCACUCUUACCUCCGGAAGGAAGAGGAGAACCUUUGUCCUCUUAGAGGCCUGGAGGCCAACUCGGACAUUCAGACAUUUGAAGUGCUUCUUACUGACAGAACCCGGGUCCUCUAUGACAGAAUAAACCUGCCGUUAGUGGAGGCACCAAGACAGGUCCGGUCUGAUGUUCGUGACCAGAGACUAAGAAGCUACCACACCUUGAACCACUUCCUGGCUUCUUUCCUUGAACACAGGUACAAAGAUAUGGACUAUGUGGUGAAAGACAAAUUUUUGCUGGAACGGAUCCUGGACAUAGAAUUCCAAGAGCCAGGAGACGUGUCUGUGCUGUACAAUGAUGAGAGCGCUUUGUUCGGCAGAGCUCUUUUUUACAACCACGAGCUCACGCUGCUCCUCUUUGAAGCCCUUGUCUUCUGUGCAGUGGAUCUGGGGGCGCAGGAUUUUGUGCUGGCUACUAUUGUCACCUUUGUUGUGCAGAAGCUUCUACAGACUCUGCGUGAUUUUUCCGGAAAGAAGAACCUGGCAGAGAAAACCUUGGUGGAGAAUCAGUUCUUGAUCUAAAGCCAAACAGCAUGCGGGUGCAUUGAAGUCUUUGAACGCUACACUUGCUGGAGAUGUCACAAGGAACUGGGGACCUUAUUUCUUUUCAUCCCUUUGAGUGUGGCAUGUGCACCUUUUUAUGCAGACCAGGCACAGCCCUGGAAGCUGCCAAGUUCCAGUCCUUAAGGGUGUGGUCGUUGAUACUUGAGUGCCUCUGAACAUGUGCCAAGGAGCUUCCCCAGAGGAGGAAAGAAUGUUAUGACACCACCCAACUUUUGCACACUUGUGAUGAAGUUACAUGGAGCUCUAUCAUCUCUUUUUGGUGUGGGUUGGAAUGAAAGGUUUGCUCUCUGGUGGACGCAGUGGGGAGGAAUUUCACUUCAUGCUCUGCAGUCUUUGAAAUGGUGUGGUGAAGAAGACCUGGGCCCCUCGUUUCAUCAUGACAUCCAUUCGCUGAGCUUUGGGUAACAAUAAUCUGUGUAUCUACACUACCUCGCAGGGUUGUUUGGGGGAUAAAAUGUAGGAGGAGAGCCAUGUUUGUCCAGUUCCUUGCGAGAAAGGUGGGAUAAAAAUGUAAAAAUAAUAAUAAUA